AUGUCCUCAAGACUCUCCAACAAUGCAGAGAGGCGCACGACUGGCACCGCCGAUAAUGACGGCAACCCGAAGCCCCGCGCUACUGCCACUGGAGGACGCGCAUCGAGAGGCUCCCAACCCGACUCACGAAGCGCCCGCUCACCGCAGACCGGCUUUACCAACCCGGCACACAAGCGCACCGCCUCGGGGAACGCGCGCCCAGCUAGCAGGACCACCGAGGAGCGGAGGACGGAACGAUUGACGGUCACGACGAAGGAGAAGUUGACCACGCGGACAAGGAGUCCUGAGAGACGCUCUAAGGAGGCACCUCCACCGCCGCAGCCGAAAUGGAGACCGAAGGAACAGCCCAAGCCUCGUCAGCCCGAGAUGAAGCCGACGGAGACAAGGCCUGAGCCACCGCCGACGACGUGGGAUCCGGUAGCUUCCUUGAAACCACACACCACAGCUCCCCUCGCAGUUCGCGUAUCGAUACCCCCUUUGGCUUCGGAGGCGCCGUCGUCGCAACCCGAGCCUCUACAUGAACUGUCAUUGGAAGCCCAGGAGGCGGCGAUAAUAGAAGACCUGCUCUUUGUGUUCAUGGGGUAUGAGGGACAGUACAUCCGUUACUCCUAUUCAUACAACCCUAGUGAUGAGAGAGACCGACUUACGGGCCCGGCCUUCAAGGUGCUUCCUGGCCUCGACCCAAGCUUGCAGGACUUGACACUGUCGAUGCUGAGGAUGGCAACUCAUUAUGCCGCCCUAGAGACGUUCAUCGACGUCCAGAGCCGGGAAGAGUUUGGGACGGUCAAUCAUGCUCUCUGUGCUGCUAUCAGGAAGUUUCUGCAAGAUUACCUGAUCAUGGUCGCUCAGUUGGAGACCCAGUUCCUCACCAAUGAAACCUUCACUCUACACCUGCUUAAUGUUUACACGCUGCCUACAAGUCAGAUGAUGUUUCAGCUUUAUACCCUAGCUCAGGAGCUUCUCAAACGAAAUGCCCUGUUGGACGAAGAGAGCGAAGAAGACUCCGACCCUGAUGAUAUCGAAAAUAUCCUUGAGAAUCUCAAGCGAGGCGGAGACCUGGUGCCCGGAAACAUGACUGGGAAGAAGAUCUGCAAAGGUGGCGUGGUGAUUGGCCUGGUCACCAAGAGGCUCGAGUCGAUGUCGGGUGACCCGGCUGCCAGAUCACUACUUACCUCCCUAUUGCGAGAUGCGAGCCGACCUUACAUGACGAUGCUAAAUGAAUGGCUACACCAUGGUGAAAUUAAAGACCCUCAUGCCGAAUUCUUAAUUAAGGAGCAGAAGAGUAUCAGGCGAGAUAGGUUGGAACAGGAUUACACGGACGACUACUGGGAAAGGAGAUACACAAUACGCGAACAGGACAUUCCUCCCCAGUUGCUCGGUGUCAAGGACAAGGUUCUCCUGGCUGGAAAGUAUCUCAACGUUGUGAGGGAAUGUGGAGGAGUGGAUGUCAGUAAGGUGGUCCAGGAUGUCCCGACAUCCUUCGACGACCAACGGUUUCUGGACAACGUCAACAAUGCCUAUGCUCAUGCCAACGAGUCGCUUAUGAAGUUGCUGUUAACCACGCAUGCACUCCCGGCAAGGCUGCGGUCACUAAAGCACUACUUCUUCCUCGACCCGUCCGACUACUUCACCUACUUCCUGGAGCUGAGUGCGUCGGAAAUGCGCAAGCCAGUCAAGUCUGUUAAUAUCGUCAAGCUGCAGUCGCUUCUCGACCUGGUGCUACGCCAGCCAGGAAGUAUCGUCUCAUUGGACCCUUUCAAGGAAGACGUCCACGUCGAGAUGAACGAGGUCAGCCUCAUCAAGAUGUUGCAGCGCGUUGUCAACAUUACCGGUAUCGAGCAAGGGGAGUCGCUUCAGCCUCUCAGCAACCAACCGAUAGAGAACGACAAGAAUGCAGUAGGCUUCACGUCGUUGCAACUAGACUACAACGUGCCUUUCCCAGUAUCGCUGGUUAUCAGCCGGAAAACGGUCUGGCGAUACCAGGCGCUGUUUCGCUACCUCCUGUCGUUGAGAUACCUUGAGUCGCAGCUGUCCACGACUUGGCAUACGCACAACACUGGGGUUGUCUGGUGCCAUAGGUCGUCGGUCAGGAGUCUUGAGAUAUGGAAGAGGCGAGUAUGGACAUUGAGAGCACGUAUGAUAGUCUUUGUCCAGCAGCUGCUCUACUUCUGCACUCUUGAGGUUAUCGAGCCAAACUGGCAAUCGCUCAUGGCAAGACUAAAAGCCAAGGACGGCAGCUUGGAUGGUUCGGGCCAACCUGAUCGCACUGUCGACGAGCUGAUGCAGGAUCAUGUCGAUUUCUUGGAUACUUGCCUGAAGGGAUGCAUGCUUACCAAUGGCAAGCUUAUCAGAAUCCACUCGAAGCUCAUGCAGACCUGCACUGUCUUUGCAGCGUACACAAAUUGGUUAUCGCGCGAGCUCGAGAAGGCCGAUCCCGACCUGAUCGGUCCAAUAAAGCCGCCGAAUAUGCCGGACGAGCAGUGGAGGCGAUUCCAGACUCACAAAUCUCAGAAAUCGCACAAUGACAGCGCCCAGAAUAGCCAGCUUCACGACGAUGAGGCCCGGAUCAAUAACUUGUUCGAGAUCAUCAAGAAGUGGGAGACGAAUUUCAGUCGCCACUUGCAGAUCCUAUUGGAUGCUCUCAACCACUACGCAGCGACGGAGACAGUAGUUCUGCUGAGUUUGUGCGCGAGACUGGCAACAGCCAACCAAGGCACGGAGUACGCAGGGCUACGGACGGAAGAGGACCUCGCGGCAUGA